AUGGUUCCUCCAGAAACCAAGAAACGCAAGCUUCACAAUGUUUUGGCCGAAGCUCUGGCGAAUCCGCCUGCGAGUUCCAAAGCUCAAAUCGCAGAACUUGUCUCUCAAACAUUAUCAAGUACUGUAAAGGACUCUUAUCAAUCACAAGGCUUGUUUAGGUGACGACAAAAGCGCAAAAACACUAGUUGAGCAAUUGAAACGGUUACAAAGGCCGGCAGAUGUAUUCGAAGCAGUUCUCGAAUGUUGUUCUUCGAAGGUUUUACUAAUUAAAUGAGAAGUUUCAAAAUUAAAAUUGCAGGGAAAUCAAGCUUUCCUCUGUGAUCCUAUCGCUGAGCUUCUAAGGACGUAUUUUCCUGUUUUGGGUUCAGUUUCUGCGUUGGAUUGCUAUGAGAAAAUAGUCAAAGGGUUGCAAGGAUCAUUAGAGAACAAAUUUUGCAGGUGGAAGAAGAUAAUUACUUUCUGAAUUAUUAUUAUUUUAGAAACGAAGUGGCGAUAUUUGAAAUAUUCCUGCAACAUGCCAAUUUGCUUGGUUCUGGCUAUGAAAAAAACUACAUAUAUCUGUCAAAAGUUCCAUGCCCGAUAUAAUCCAGGGCUUGUGGAAAAAAGAACUCUUAGGUUUUAGAAAUUUUAAGUAUUUAUUUUUGUUUUGUUCUUUUUCAGUGGAAAUGAGAUGCGUAGCCCAUUGUUUCUUCAAGUUUCUCUUGAUUUCUGAGGCCUAUCUGAGCGAUUCGGAUACUUCAAGCUUGUGGAAUAGUUUUGUUACGGCGGUUUGUUUUGAUUUAAAUAAGUCGAAAAAGUUGAAUUUUCAGCCGAUGAGAAGGGAUCCAGUGAUUGCGCUUCUCACGUUGCUUAUCACUGACGAUUUGGCCGAAAAAGACAAAGGAAUUCGAGCUGUUUUGAAGAAUUCCAAUUAUUCCAUUGAUAAGGGUCUUGAGAAAAUGGUUAUUUUUCAUCGAAUUUGCUAAAAUUUCGUGUCUGGAAAUUGUAAAAGAAAAACUGACAGGAAAAUCUUUUUUAAAGACCAUUUUUGCACUCUAGAAAUGAAUUUUUAGAAGACUAUAUACUCUAAAAAUCUCAAAACUGAAUAAAAUUCAGAUUUCAACAAUAACCGAAAAUCACCUGGAAAGAUUGUCCCACGCACUCGACAUAACGAUUUUUAAUCGAUUAGUACAAGUCUUAUUGAAAGUCAACUUGGGUUCAGAUAAGGUAAGGCAACGGAAAAUUCAAAAUUGAACGCAAUUUUCAAUUUCAGAAUGAAAUGUUAACGAAAAGACUGCUGUCGUGGGGAAUAACGAACAAAGUUUCUUUGCUAACUGCGAAUCUUUCAAACGUUGUUGAACUUCUAGACGAGGAGGUUCAAAAUAAAAAAUAUUUUUUUAUAAAACAUUGAUCCCAGGAUGAUUAUUUGUCACCCGCCAUUAUUGAUUUGGUUGGUGUCAUUUCAGAAGGAAGGUAAACCAAAAAUUGGUCGAAAAAAAAGAGGAAUUUUUUGAAUUUUCAGUGAAGAAGACCAAAAUUUUGCCCCUUUGUUGAAAAAAGUGCUGAAGAAAGUGGCGCAGCGAGUUUUAAAAAAUUCAAAACUGGUCAUUAUUAUUUUUUUGUGAUUCGGAAUCAAAUAAAAUAAGUUUUUUUAGAUGAAGUUCUCUCCAAAUUCUCUGAAAUAUUUUCGAUUAUUUGAAAAAAAUUGACAUUGCUCAAUUUUUUCGAAGGAUCCAGUGCUCUAGUAGUUUUGGUUGGUUUUUUCUCGAUUUACAAAAAAAAAAUAAUUUUUCAGACGUCUUCUUUGAGGAUGGCUUUGCUUUGCUACAACGAAUCUUCAAUUUUCAAUACUUUUAUGGAAAUUAUCGAACAUUUGUCAAGGUUUAAUCAUCUUUAAUAGAAUUUCUAAUAUAAUUUUCAGCGAUUCCACGGCUUUUGAAAAAUUUCUCGCAACGGUUAGAAAAUCUCAAAUGGAAGGGGAACGUCUGAAUUGCAGUACUCCAAUUUCUGUGCUGGAUUUUAGGGUUUGUAGAAAUUUCAAAUUUCGUGUUGAAAAAUGUUUUUUUCAGAUAAAAAACGGUCUUUGCGCCAAUUUGAACACUUUUGUCUCUUUUUAUACUUUUGAUUCGUCUUUGGGUAGUUUUAUCAUGCAAAAAUGUAUAUUUUGAGCUUUUUUAGAUGAUUAUGUCAUGGAAAAAAAUCUUUUGGAAGAGAUCGAAGUCACGGAAUCUCUUGAAUGGUAGGUUUUUUUUGAAAAAAAUUUUUUCCGCGUAGAAAUUUUCCAUGUGAGCCUUGAGUUUUGAUGAUUGAAAUUUCUAGAUUUUCUUUGAAUUUUUUUGAAGGUUGUUAUAGUUAUUCUUUUAAAGUAUUUUUUUGCUUAUUUUUUCCUAAAAUUUCGAUUGAAGUUUUUAGGAAGGCUCAAAAUAUUUCAAUAAAGAUGAUUCUACGAGUUUAAUUUGAAGAACUUGAAAAAGGGCAUUUUUAGCAUCAUUUUUCGCUAAUCGCUCCAGGGCCUUUCUCUUGGAAAUUUAAUAAUUGUUUAGUUUUUUUUGUGAGUUAUUACACCUUAUUCAGGGGUUAAAAAAACAUAUUUUUUUGAUCCAACCAUGAAAUUAAAUAAUUCCUCAAAGGUCCUGAUCCCGAUUCAACUAACAGUUUUGCCAGUUUUUUUACCGGAAAAUCGAUUGAACAGACGAAAAAAAUUACCAAACUUCAAAAAAAUUUCGCAGUAUUAGUUAAAUUAUAACAUGUAAAAAAAAUUAACUUUUUUUCAAAAAAAUAUUAUUUUUUUCAGGCUUUCGAUCCUCUCAAAAACUCAACGGUUAUUACUAGCUACAGAGGAGAAUUUGAAAAUUCAUCAAGGUAUUUUUCUUUUUUUCAUUUUUUUAAUAGUUAUAUUUUUUUUUAGGAUUGGAUCUCCCCUGUUUUUUUCCAAUGCAGCUAGUUUCGUUCUGGAAGCAAGCAAGCAGAACUCGAUUUCUGAAGUUUUUAUUUUUAUUCUAGGUUGAAUUUUAAUGGAAAUUUUUUUAGAAUCACACGAUCCCUUUGGAAGUUUUGAGACAAGUGAAAUCGGAGGAGAAAUUGCGGCAGAUUGCGCAGUCGUCCUUGAAAAAUCUGCACAAGUUGGUGUUGAAUUCAUUUUUUCAAUACGAAAAAAAUCGUUUUUAAAAAUGAUUUCAGAUUGUUUUUUUGAAAUAUUUAUUGAAAUGGCAAGCAGUUAGUUAUUUAAUUAGACCUGUGAAAAAUAAUUUCUCGAAUAUCUCUGUGAAAUAAGUAGUUAUCGUGAAUUUCACCAAAAAUGGCUUGCGUAAAUUGGCAGCGCCAAAAUUGAAAUAUCCGAUCAAUUUUUUUCCGUCGCACUAAAGACAAAAAAAUAGGAAUGAAUGUGAAUAAAUUUGACCCAUUUUUUUCGAUUUCUUUUUAGAAAUUAUUUAUGAUCAGAAAGGUCAUUAAAAUCUUUUUUUCACGCUUUUUAAAAAUUUUUUUCAAAAAGAAUAUUAUUUAAAAGUUUGAGGUUCAAUACCAAUUUUUCGAAUUACAAUACAAUACAAUACAAUACAAUAUUUAUUGGUUGUUUUAGUCAGAUGGAAUCGACUAGGCGGUGAAAAAAGUGCUCUUUUGAGCGGCACUAACACCGCCUUUGGCGAAAAAGAAGUCAAAACGUGUAGUCGAUUGAAUUGAAAGCAUUGUCUUACGGUCCUUCGCCUCGUUCUUCCAAAAGUAGAUCCCUCAGUUUCGCGGGUACGGGCACGGCGGUGAUGGUGGGGCUCGGGCACGGACUCCGUGUACACUCUAGGGUAGCCUCGGCCGACUGAGAGAGCUACCUCUUCGAGUGAAGAAAAUACACGGAAUUCCUCAUGAAUUCCUCAUGAAAAUUCGAGACUUUUAUAUUGAGGUUUUCACUGUCAUCAUUCAAUAUAAGACUUUUUUUGCAAAGCUAAAGGUUUAGAAAUAUUUUCACAAAUUUAAGUUAAAAAGUGAAAAAAAUUUAAAAAAAUUUACAACCUAUAGACUUCAUGAAUUCCUUUUUUUUUUAGAUUCGUCAAGAAAAUCCUCGAUGGAAAGGUUUCAAUCGAACCUGGAAGCGAGGAUAUCGUGAUACGACGAGCAGUCGAAUUCCAUCUGAUGGUUUUGCGAAGCGAUCAAAAAUCGGAUUCUUGGGAUUCGCGGCUACAAAAGUGACAUGAGAAUCGGAAAUUUGUGUAAAACCGUUGCUUUUCAGCAUUUUGACUGUCGAACGAUUGUCAUACAUCGCUGAAAAAUCGCCGGAAUCGUUGGAUUUCAUCUUCAGAGAUGCUUCUUUUGAGAACUAUGUAAAUUUUACUAUUUUUUAAAGAUUGUUUAGAAUUUACAGUAGUUUUAGUGGUUUUUGGUAGUUUUUAGUGUUUAAUGAGUUAGUGGAAAAACGGAAAAAUAAGCAUUUGAGGAGGUUGUAAAAUUUUAUGUAGAAAUUGUUUCUUAGGAGGUUUUUCUAGUAAAAUGAGGAUUUUUAUAUAUUUUUUUUGAAGGGUUAAGCUCCAUAUUUUUUUUUAAUAAGUUUUAUUGAUUUUUGGCAAUUCUUUCAGUCUUGAACUAAUGAGUUAGUGGGAAAAAAAGAUUCAAUUUAUUUUUUCAACCGUUAAUUUACAUUUUUUAAUUUUCUUCUUUAAUCAAUCAAUAUCAAUAUCAAUAUUUAUUGGUUGUUUUAGUCAGAUGGAAUCGACUAGGCGGUGAAAAAAGUGCUCUUUUGAGCGGCACUAACACCGCCUUUGGCGAAAAAGAAGUCAAAACGUGUAGUCGAAUGAAUUGAAAGCAUUGUCUUACGGUCCUUCGCCUCGUUCUUCCAAAAGUAGAUCCCUCAGUUUCGCGGGUACGGGCACGGCGGUGAUGGUGGGGCUCGGGCACGGACUCCGUGUACACUCUAGGGUAGCCUCGGCCGACUGAGAGAGCUACCACUUCGAGUGAAGAAAAUACGCGGAAAGAUUAUUAUUCGUGUCAAAAUUAUUAAUUUUUCAACUUUUUUCUUAUUACAAAACUUCAGCGAAAUUGAUAAUUUUCAGUUCGUUUCACUUUUCGAAAACCUUGCUGCCGAUCCAACCCUGGAACUUGGCCAUUUGAUCGCGAAUAGAGCCAUUUUCUGUGUCCCGAAAACUCGUGACAAAAUAUUUGCCGGACAUUUUUGGUCAGACUUUUUUUAUAGAUAACUUUGGAAAAUGUCCAUUUUUAGAGCAUAUUGUGGAACUUGUGCAGAAUCUCAAAGGCAAGGAUCGGGCCGAGAUUGACUUUUUGGCCUGCGUCGUGGAGGUAAGGACAGGAAGUUGGGAAAAAAAGUUUGGGAAUAUUUUUGAAAACUGAAGUUUCAUAGAAGACUUUCUGCAUUCAAAAAGUUUUGAAACAUAAGUAGGAUCGAUUAUUUUUGAUUCGAAACGUGUUUUGGAUCGAUUUUCUCAUUUAAGGGAUAAUUUUUGUUCUUCCCAUGGCGAAAAAACGUGAAUUUCAAAGGAAAAUAAACGGAUUUUUGUGACAUUUUUUGAAGAUACUCGAAUAAAGUGUAAAAAAAUAACAGAGUUUUUUGAAAUCCUAGGUUUUUUUGUCAGAACUUUAGCGGAUUAAUAAGGAAAAACUACUUUUUUUCAAAGUUUUUUUAAGUCUCAAAUGAGGUUAAUAUAAUCAGUUUAUCGAAAAAGCCAAGCCAAAAAAUGUCACUACCAUUUUUAGAAGUUAGGUAUUUUAAUAGUUUUUAAGUUUUUGUGAGUGAAAUUCAAAAGAUUCAUCAAUCCUCAACUCAAUUUCAAUGAUCCUUGUCCGUUUAGGCCUAUGCGGACAGCGAUUUUGAGCCAUUUGCUGUGGAAAUUUGCCUCGGAAAACUGGCGGCGGAUCGUUGGCUCGAAAUGAGAGUCACUUCUUCCCAAUCAUUCGAUGUCCUCGUCAAAGUCCUUCAUUUACUCGACGUUUCCCUGAGAAAGGCGAAAAAGUCGACGACUCGACAAUUUACUGCAGUUUUUUGGUACUUUUUGGAAGUUGGGCAGAGAAAUAAGGGUUAAAAAAUUUAAAAAGUAAAAAUUUCGACCAUUUGUAUGUGCUUCAAAUGUAAUGUGGUGAGAAUAAAAUUCAAAGCUUGUCGCUGAAAAUUUUCAACUUUUUUUUGUCAGCUUUUUCUUGUAUUAACGGCUAGAUUUUCUGGAGUCUUUUGAGCUCAUUUUUUUAUGUGCUUAUAUAAAUUUUUAACCGAAUUUUUAUUUAUGUUUAUUUUCUCGAAUGAACCAGAGAAUCCAGAAAAAUUAAAAAUAUUCACUUUUUUUCUCUUUUUGUUUUUCCGAGCGCUCAUUAACUUGAUAUAUAUAUUUUUGGAAAUUUUUUUAGAUCAUUUUGUGUUUCUGGGACUUUUUCUUGCCGGUUUUCUGGUGGUAUGAAAAAAAGACCAGCGAAAAUUCAAACGGCGACUUUUUCCGAUUUUUUUCAUAUCGCUAGGGAACUUCCGACGAAUCUUCUUCCGACUUUUUUUCUCGAUAAACUCUUUGUUUUUAAAUCUUCUUAUGUAAAGUAUGCAAGUGAUGAAAAAAAAAAAUAAGAAAAAAAGAGAUUCGUCGGAAAAUUCCCUAUCGAUACGAAAAAAUCGGAAAAGUCGCCGUUCGAAAAUUCGCUGGCUUUUUUUUUCCUCUCAUUAUUUUUUUCUAUAUAUUUAUUUUUUUCGAAAAGGACCAGAAUAUUCUGAAAAACGAAUUUUCAGCUCUCUGUACUCGAAAACGCUGACCAGCGUUCAGCACUAUGUCAGAUUGAACGAGGCGAACAUGGAAACUGAGAAAAAGAAGCAGAAGUUGAUCCAUGACGUCGCCAGAGUUGCGGACCAAAUGAAGGCGUCGGAAAGCUUCUUUUCACAGGUUUUUCAGAAAUUUAAUGUUUUUUUCUAGAGGUCAUUAAAAAAAUUGUCUUCAAAAAGUUUUUAUAGCAAAUCUUAGCAAAUGUUUAUAAUAUAUUAACAUAGCAAUCUUUUUGGAAAAUCAUCGAAAAAAAUAAAUAAUUUUAUAGAAACGAAAAAAAUAAAUAGUCAAAAAUCAAACAUUAAAUAGAUAAUUUUUGAAGUGGAAAAAAAGGGCAAUUUCAUAAAUUUAACAAAAAAAUUAUUUGUACCUUGUAGAAGUUUAACUGAAUUUUUUUGUUUCGAAUUUUUCAAACUUUUUUUGUUUUUUUGCUGUUUUUUUAAGGUUUUUUUCUCUGUUAUUAGUGAAAUUUUUUUCUAUUAGGGGUUCGUGAAACCUAAAUUUAUGAUUGUGAGGAAAAAAAUUAGUUUGAUAUCUCCUGUAGGAAUAUUUUUUUCUAGGGUACUCUAAUUUACAGGCAGAAACAAAACGAGAAUAUAAAAGAAAAAUGGAAAAAAUAGCUUAUAAAACCGUAAUAAGAUGACAGCAAAUUUAUUGAACUUUGCACCCUUGUAGUCUGAAUUUUUUUUUUUUGAAUUGUUCUGAAAGUGAGUUUUAGAUCUCUGGAACGAUAAUUUCGGAGAAUAUUGUCAACGCGACCCAAACUCUUCUCGCCAUGACGAAGUUGCACAAUGUUGCCGAGAAAAAAAUUGGUAUUUUUUUAAAUCAAAAACAUUAUUCCAUUGAAAUAAUCAUUUUUCAGUCCUGCAAUGCUCGCCACCAACAUGCCGCCCAUCGAAAGAACCCGCUAUAAAAGACUUUUGCCGAUUAUUCAGAAGGCCCAGAAAAGGAUUUAUUGA